GAAGGGUUUUGGUACUCUGUCUUCGCGUUCCAUCGUCGUGACACGUCGCAGCUCCAUCUCCGCCGCCUCGUCGAGUUUUUUCAUCCUCCUCGUUGCUUCUUCGUCGUGGUGGCUGCAAAAAGUUCUGUAGAAAGAGAGAAGAAGAUGAGUAGCUCAGAUAUGAAUAAUCCACCAAUGGAAGAAGAGGAUGAGGGAGACGUUUUCCUUGGUGAAUCCGAUAUUAUCCAUGAAAUCGAUGUCGACGGCGAAGAUCUUCCUGACGCAUUUGAUGAUGAUGGUGACGAUGGUGGUGAUGAAGAAUUUGAUGAAAACGAUGACUCCAUUCAUACAUUCACUGGUCACAAAGGUGAGCUUUAUGCAUUAGCUUGUAGCCCAACAGAUCCUACGCUUGUUGCAACUGGAGGUGGAGAUGAUAAAGGCUUUCUAUGGAAGAUUGGCAAUGGAGAUUGGGCUGCUGAGCUUCCUGGUCACAAGGACUCUGUCUCUUCUUUAGCUUUUAGCUAUGAUGGACAGUUAGUUGCAUCUGGAGGAUUGGAUGGUGUCGUCCAGGUCUUUGAUGCUUCAUCAGGGACUUUGAAAUGUGUUUUGGACGGUCCUGGUGGUGGGAUCGAGUGGGUGAGGUGGCAUCCGAGAGGACACAUUGUGUUGGCUGGAUCAGAAGAUUGUUCUCUAUGGAUGUGGAAUGCUGAUAAAGAGGCAUAUCUUAAUAUGUUUUCGGGUCACAAUCAAAGCGUCACUUGCGGUGACUUCACUCCUGAUGGUAAACUAAUCGUUACUGGCUCUGAUGACGCAAGUUUGAUAGUAUGGAACCCAAAAACUUGCGAAAGCAUUCAUGUGGUCAAAGGCCAUCCGUAUCAUACGGAAGGGUUGAUUUGCUUGGACAUUAACUCGAACUCCAGUCUUGCAAUCAGUGGCUCAAAAGACGGAUCUGUUCACAUUGUGAAUAUUGUCACCGGAAAGGUUGUGAGCUCUCUGGCUUCUCACACAGACUCAGUUGAAUGUGUGAAGUUUUCACCAAGCUCAGCAACCAUCCCUAUGGCUGCAACUGGUGGAAUGGAUAAGAAGCUUAUAAUCUGGGAUCUGCAACAUUCAACUCCGAGGUUCACCUGCGACCAUGCGGAAGGUGUGACAUGCGUGACUUGGUUAGGAACCUCCAAGUACUUAGCCACGGGCUGUGCUGAUGGUACAGUGAGCGUUUGGGACAGCUUAUUAGGUAACUGCGUCCAUACCUUCCAUGGCCACCAAGAUGCAGUCCAGGCCAUCUCAGUCUCCACCAACACCGACUUCAUUGUUUCUGUCUCUGUUGAUAACACUGCUCGUGUCUAUGAGACAUCAGAGUACAUAAACAAAAUGGCAUAGGCAAGUGAGAGAGCAUUUUUUUCAUGUCCAUUUCCUCACGGUAUUAUUAUCUGAUGAGAUGAAAACAUUCUACUUUUCAGUUAUCUUUG